CACUAUGGAAAUGACACCUGUAAUAAUUUUGGAAAUCACUAUCAUGAAGGUCCCAGGUAGUGGAUAAAUAAUUAAUCUAUCACAAAACCUAGUGAAUGAUUUGUUCAUCAAAUAUCACCAAAUUGGAGAAAGGAAAAGGGGUGGAGCCUUAACCCCUCCCCACCUGCCAUUUUCCUCCCAGGACUGACGUUGCGCUCUCUGCGAGGAAAGUACAAUUAUACUGCACUGCAACUCGGAUGGAUGUGGAGAAGUAUGUAGGUAAGUCUUUGUUCAAGUGAUUUGAACAUAAGCAAGGUUGGCAAAGUUUUACUGAUAUUUGCAAUGUGACCGACAUAUAUUUUCACGCAGCACUUCCUAAUUAGGGCACCGCUAAUGAGCAAAAGCUAGCUUGUGUUGAGAACAUGUGACCACUUAGAACAAGGUUUAAAUACUCCAUGUGUUAAAUGGAAUGGCCAUUUAAAAACACGAAUUAGAAUGUUACAUUUGUGUUAAAACUGACUCCAUGUCAACUAGAAACAAAAACGACAACAUGCGCUAAUGGCUGCUCACUUCAGCUAUGAUGUUAGCAUGUGCAGCUAACCUUGUCUACUGUUUUACAUUUUCGUUUUAUAAAUGUACAAGAAUAGUUUCAUUAUAGAAUACGGUGAUUCACAGUGCAUACCUCAUAAUCCAUAUCCCUUUUGCAAUUUAUGGUGCAGUUAAUGUAAAAAUAAAUAAAUAUUACCAGACGUUUUUUCAUAAGAAAGUUUAAAUACCCAGAUCAUUCAACAGUUUCACAUGGUGUGAUUUUAAGUUUUUUUAAUGUUUCCCUUCUAAACUAGUGCUUUCUAAAUAUUUUGUAGAUGUUAUUGUUGGCUAAGUUAAACAAAUGUGAAAAUAUAAAACAUCAUCUGCCACCGCACGUUAAGAGAAGUGCAGUCCUAUGUUAAUUUCCAUGACUGUGAUAAGAACACAAUGCAGAAAAAAAAGAGCAACGAAUAAGUGCAUUUAUUCAGGAAGGAACAUCAGACAUCGAAUAGUGUGGAGUUGUUCCCUAUUCAGUCCCUUUUUUAUUAAAUCAAAGAGGAGCUUUGUUAUGCUUAUUGUCAACCGUGGUACUAAGGACCCACUGCCUUGUAUAUUUUCCUGCAACUUUUAGAUAUCUCUUUUUCAGCAUACCUGUCUCCAAUAUAAGCACAGUACAGGUUGAUUACAUGCUAGUGAGGACAUUUCACCAUGUAAUCUAAGAAUAUAGGACAAGUUGCACAUCUAAAAGUUACAGGACUUUGGCCCUUGAGGAAUGCAGUUUGAGAACACUGUCUUAAGCAUUUCCUUAUUGUGGCGCAGCUGAUCUGAGUGAGUUACAUCCGCUGUGCUGAAACAGUGGUAUACUGAGGAGGUAAUACAAUCAUUUGAUUUGGUUUUGGUGGAACAAAACCUAACGGGCAGUGGGCCCUGAUACCAGUAGACAGUGUAAACAACUGGAAUAACUUCUUAACAGUGUAAGUUACUGCUUGCUGCUCUGACUUAGAAAGAAUAUAUGAACAAAUUGUACAGGAGUUCCUAGUUUAAUCAUAAUUUAAUUUUGCAAAUAGUCAUUGUGGUUGUUUAGCUGCUGUUCUGUUUAAAACUUGAUGAUGAUAAUAUACCCAUAGAUUUUCUCAGUCUAUUAUUAAAGCAUAUGUUACUUUUAUUUUCUCUUGAUCACCAUAGACUUUUUUUCUCUAGAUGCACACAACAAUGAGGCCACAGAGAUUAAAAAUAAAACCAAAGGAUGAAGCAACUCAUUUUGUGAGUCUGAGUCAGGACAAAGAUGGUUUUUAUGUACAAUACAUAAACUCUUUUAAGGGUCGAGGAGUAUUUAGUACAUGCCACUUUCAGACAGGAGCUUUCUUAUUGGAAUAUCGAGGCGAUGUCAUAAACAACGAAGAGUAUGAAAGACGGGUAAAAAUCUAUCAUGAUGCCUUGAAGGUCUUCAUGUUUGAGUUUCGUCAUAAUGGGAAAAAGUUGUGUGUUGAUGCAGCGAGAGAGGAUGGGUCUUUGGGAAGACUGGUUAAUGACGACCAUUUGAUCCCUAACAGCAAAAUGAAGACAAUAACAGUGAAUGGAAGACCUCAUCUCUGUCUCUUUGCAAUUAAGGACAUAAAUCCAGGGGAAGAGAUUACCUAUAACUAUGGAAACGCUGAAUGGCCAUGGAGAAUGAAGGUUUCUGCUCAUCCUGACAAAACUGUAGGUGAAGAACCGAUGGGAUCACUAUCCUCGUCUCUUGAACCACAGGUUUCUGCUCACCCUGACAAAACUGUAGGUGAAGAACCGAUGGGAUCACUAUCCUCGUCUCUUGAACCACAGGUUUCUGCUCACCCUGACAAAACUGUAGGUGAAGAACCGAUGGGAUCACUAUCCUCGUCUCUUGAACCACAGGUUUCUGCUCACCCUGACAAAACUGUAGGUGAAGAACCGAUGGAAUCACUAUCCUCGUCUCUUGAACCACAGGUUUCUGCUCACCCUGACAAAACUGUAGGUGAAGAACCAAUGGGAUCACUAUCCUCGUCUCUUGAACCACAGGUUUCUGCUCACCCUGACAAAACUGUAGGUGAAGAACCGAUGGGAUCACUAUCCUCGUCUCUUGAACCACAGGUUUCUGCUCACCCUGACAAAACUGUAGGUGAAGAACCGAUGGGAUCACUAUCCUCGUCUCUUGAACCACAGGUUUCUGCUCACCCUGACAAAACUGUAGGUGAAGAACCGAUGGGAUCACUAUCCUCGUCUCUUGAACCACAGAAAUGCAACCAUGUUGUACUGUGCUCAUCAUUUUCAAGCAUUGAAAAAUGCACACAUUGCUUGGGACCUUUUGUUGCCCUCAAGUGGAAUGGUCUGAAAUGUAAAGACUGUUCUUCAAUAUGGCACAACAUCUGCUAUGAAAAGAUCCAGAGGACUGAUUUUUCACCAUCUUCAUGCGUAGGUGUCUUUAGUUCUCCUUUUGGUACUCUUUAAAAGAGCAAUACUUGAACAAUCUCUUUCUUUUUAAGGUUUCUGACGAAUCAUCUUCAGCUGAUGAUGUUUCAGACAAAGAAUACAUACCUGACUCUGUCAGUUACUCAGAUAGUUCAGUGGAACUCUCAA